AUGGGGGAGGAACCCACUGGACAAUUUUGGGGGGGCCCUGUGUAUGGUCUGGGGUCAGACUCUGCUGAUUCCCACGGAGACCAGCCAGACUAUGAGAACCAGCACUCGGAGGUGGACUUCGCUGGGUCCAAUGACCCCUACAUGGACUAUUAUGAGGGCUACGCUGUGUAUGGAGAGAGAGGGGAGUACAUCGACGUCAGUCUGCGGUCAGACUUGGGAUCAGAUUAUGUGCAGGAUCCACUGAUGGAGGUGGAGGAGGUCCUCCAUGGGGAUUCUCUCGCGGACAGGCAUGCAUACAGCCCCGGAACUCAUGCGCCUGUACCUAAGCCUCAUAGAGGCAAGGGGGAGGUGACACCAGUGCCCACCCCAGAGACUGGCAAAGUAACUGGUGCGCCUCCUGGAAUGGGGGUGUGGAAGUCACUGCCCCCCAAAUUGGCGAGGGGCGAUCCCCCACAGAAGCCUGUUGGUGGCCAGGAGUUCAACUUUGCUGCGCCUAGGUUAUUUACCGAAGAGCGAUCUAACUGCCGCUUUGCAGGGACCAGGAGGCAGGCAGCGCCAGGCGCCUUGAUGUUUGUUUUGGCUCCUGCUUCCCUUGCUCAUCCACAGCCAUGUCAGAUUUUGAAAAGGAUAGGACAUACAGUGAGAGUUGGGGCCCUAGACCUUCAGCCCCGUGUAGUGAGGCAAAAUUCUUCCAGAAGAAAAGGUUUCAACUGGGAGUGGGAUGCAGAUCGAGAAACAGGCGACAAUGGGCUGGAAUUAAUCACAAAAAGUGUGCAUGAACAUGGCUUAAGGGGCAUUAAGACUAGGGGCUCAGUGAAUAACCAACAUAAAGGUGCCAAAAGUAUAAACAUGUUCAAAGAAGUGGAAACUGAGAGAAUGUUUCUACCAAGAGACUCUGUAUUACUUGCUAUGGAGACCCUUAACCGACUGCCAGGUCUUUUACCAUACAACUUGUCGUUGGAGAUGGUGAUGGCUGUUGAAGCAGGUCUUGGGGAAUUACCAGCCUUCUCUUUUUCUUCUUCCUCUGCACCUGUGUGUACCGACCCAGCGUCUUUCCUCCAAAGUGUUUGUCACACUGUGAUUGUUCAAGGAGUUUCUGCUAUAUUGGCAUUUCCUCAAAACAGAGACGAAUUGGUGAAGUUGGAAUUUAUAUCAUCUUCACUUCAGAUUCCAAUCAUUAGCGUCGUUCAAAAAGAGUUCAAACGACAGAGUCAGAACUCCCUCCAUUUCCAGAUGGCCAUGCAGAAUCCUCCAAUUCCUCAGGCAGACCUAAUCUUCUCCCUCUUGUCCAUUAAUAACUGGUAUGAAGUCAGUCUCAUAAUGUGCCAAGAAGUGAACAUUUCCAGAUUUGUGUUCCUGCUCCGCAACAAUUCCAGAUUUCACCUGGGAACAGUUGUUAACAUUUCUACCAACAGCAGCAACAAAAGUGACUUGCAGGCAUCCCUGCUGGGUCACCUGGAAUCUAUCAAGGACUCUACAUCCACCAUAGUGACUUUUGGGUGUGACAUCCGGGACAUAAGAAGGAUCUUUUUGACUGUGGAAAAGUUUGGUUUAAUGCUGCCAGACUACCACUGGAUUUUAGGUGACUUCCAAAUCGUAGAGGAGUUAAGAACAGAGGGGCUACCACUGGGACUUCUGGCCCACGGGCGAAUGGGGCAGCCUUCUCUAGACCACUAUGUCCAGGACACUUUAGAGUUUGUAACAAGGGCUGUUGGAUCAGCUGCCUUGGUAUCUCCAGAGCUUGCCCUUAUUCCCGGAAUCACAAACUGCAUGGCAAUUGAAGGAAAAAAUCUCACGUCAGGAAAAUAUCUUUCGAGAUUCAUGGCUAACACAUCCUUUGAUGGUGUAAGUGGCUACGUUCAUGUUCUGGAAGAAUCUGUCAUUACCUCUGAAAGCUAUCACUUCAUCUGGAACCUGCAGCAUGAUCCAAUUGGGAACCCCAUGUGGACCCGGCUGGGUAGCUGGAAGCAGGGCAGAGUAGUAAUGGAUUAUGGAUCUUGGCCCACCAAGAAGCAGUCUUACCCAGGGGGUGACUGGAGACAUUCCACACGGAUGCACUUGCGGGUGGUAACCCUCGUCGAGCACCCUUUUGUGUUCACGCGUGAGGUUGAUGAGGACGGCCUGUGCCCUGCUGGGCAGCUUUGCCUUGACCCACUGACAAACAACACAGACCUCCUGGACAGCCUCUUCCAGGGCCUGCAGGGGGGCAAUGACACUGUGCCCAUGGAGCUGAAGAAGUGUUGCUAUGGCUACUGCAUUGACUUGCUAGAGAAGCUGGCCGAGGACAUGGGCUUCAACUUCAACCUCUACACUGUCGGGGAUGGAAAGUAUGGUGCCUACAAGAAUGGCCGCUGGACGGGACUGGUGGGUGACCUCAUGAGUGGGGCGGCGCACCUGGCUGUCACCUCCUUCAGCAUCAACUCAGCCCGCAGCCAGGUGAUCGACUUUACCAGCCCCUUCUUCUCCACCAGCCUGGGCAUCCUGGUCAGGACGAGGGACACAGCUGCGCCUAUCGGGGCCUUCAUGUGGCCCCUUCACUGGAGCAUGUGGCUGGGGAUAUUUGUGUCUCUGCAUGUAACGGCAGUAUUUCUCACGCUGUAUGAGUGGAAGAGUCCUUUCGGGAUGACUCCAAAGGGCAGGAACCGGGACAGGGUCUUUUCCUUCUCCUCAGCACUUAAUGUGUGCUAUGCCAUCUUGUUUGGAAGAACUGCCGCCAUUAAACCUCCCAAGUGCUGGACAGGUCGAUUCCUUAUGAACCUCUGGGCUAUAUUCUGCCUGUUUUGUCUGUCCACAUACACAGCCAAUCUUGCUGCUGUAAUGGUUGGGGAAAAAACCUAUGAACAGCUCUCAGGUAUACAUGAUCCUAAGCUCCACCAUCCAUCACAAGGUUUCCGUUUCGGGACUGUUCGCGAGAGCAGCGCUGAGGAUUACGUGAAAAAAAGCUUCCCUGAGAUGCAUGAAUACAUGAGGCGAUAUAAUGUGCCUGCAACACCAGAUGGAAUAGACCACCUCAAAGAGGACCCACAAAAACUAGAUGCUUUUAUCAUGGACAAAGCCCUCUUAGACUAUGAAGUGUCUAUUGAUGCUGACUGCAAAACCCUCACAGUGGGAAAGCCAUUUGCAAUCGAAGGCUAUGGCAUUGGUCUCAAACAGAACUCCCCUCUGACUUCAAAUAUCUCAGAGUUGGUCAGUCAGUACAAGUCUGAUGGGUUUAUGGACAUGCUGCAUGAUAAGUGGUACAAAGUGGUGCCCUGUGGAAAAAGAAGUUUUGCUGUGACAGAGACUUUACAGAUGGGGAUCAAACACUUCUCAGGGUUAUUUGUAAUGCUGAGUGUAGGAGUUGCCUUGUCUCUCGUCACCACUAUUGCCGAACACAUUGUCCACCGCUGGGUCAUACCCAGAAUGCAGAGAAGACCACAGCACAAAUACUGGCUUCACACAAGUCAAAGAUUACAUCGAGCUCUUAACCCAGCCUUCAAUGAAGAAAAGUUAUCGACAAUUGUGAAACCAGAGAAAACGUGCAACCUUGGAAAUAACCAACAAGCUCUGUGGAAUGCCUCGGAGAAUUGCACACAACGGCAUCUGUCCAGCCAGGAGGGGCAGCAGAACGACCUGGACUGCUUCCAGUGCAAAGAGCCCCCUCCCCCGCAGGCGAAGAGGCAGCUCCCUCUACAGGCCGCAUCCAAUGGGAAAACAGACCUGCUGGGCCUUGCAUGCAGCCCUGUAGUGCAGGAGCUGUCAGACCUAGAGACCCAGAUUCAGAUCAUCAAACAGCAGCUGCAGCUGGCAAUCAAAAAGAAAAAGGAACUAGAGCAGUAUCAGCAAACAAAAAUGGCACCCGAGCCCUAG